GAAGGAGAACAGCGCGAUGAAUAACAAACAAAGAGGUAGACAACGUCAAUCGCGUGUUGGCCAAAACACAAGAAUGGUCAACAAAGCAAGAGACAAACAACAACAAAGCCGACACCAUAGUCGCCUCUCAUACACACGUAAAAGAAAUCCGGUACCAAAGUCGCUCCGACGCUCUCACAAACUCACACCGACGCGCCUUUUUCAUGUGCAAACUUUUAAAGCAGACGGCCAGCGAUAUUCGCGUCAGUCAUUUUUUUGGUUUUGUGCGGUGAGGAACUUGUGAAGAAGGAUCGUUGAGAAAUCAUUUGCCGCCGCAGUUGGUUGACCGAAAGUGCAAACAAAGCAUAAUCAGCAAGAGGAAACACCAAGCAACAGCAAAAAUAGCAAUAUUCAAUCAAAAGAACAGUGCACUUGUGUGUGUGUAUGUGUGCGUGUCUGUGUUUUUGCAUGACAGCAGAACCAGCCAGAUAGAGAUACAUACAUAUGUAUGUAUGUAUACAUGUAUGUUGAUCAUUGGCAAAGAAAUAACAGAAAAUCAACCAAGCUGAAUGCUCAUAAGUAUAUGUAUAUUGUGUGUAUAAUUAACAUACAUAUCUUGCUAUAAGUUUGUACAUAUGUAUGAACAUUGCUUGAUUCAAAAAGUAAAUCAAAGGAAAAGUUUAAAGCGAAAGUUAAAUUGUAAAAAAUGAAAUGGAAAUAUCUGAUUUUUAUACUGCGCUCAAAAUAACUGUUCAACAGCAGUUGCAAUAACACCGCAAGAUAGCGCGCGUGUCCCCGCGUUUGCAUACAUUCCUCCUCUCGCAAGCUGCUCGCGUGGAAAAGAAAUUGUCAUGCGGCUAGCCAACAUCGGCGCUUUCUUGUCUUCUGGUUUCUUUUUUGUGGCGUCCCAGUGCUUUCAAAGUAAAUUGUGAUAGACCGCUUGAAGAUUUGUGAAUAUUUUUGAACGUACGUACAUAUGUACGUAUGUUGGUCUCGUUGCGAAGGACGUUGAUAUUGGCCAGAUGUGUUUAAAUGAGUGCGCACGUUGUUUAUUAUUAUGGCCUUAUUGAAUAAACUGUUCUUUCCGUCGGCAUCAGCACCCACACCAACAACAACUAAUCUACAGGCGGCCGCAGCGCCAUCCGCUGCGUCCCAAACCACAUCAACAGCAGCACCACCAAUAACAACAUCAAAGCUUAUUAAAAGUCAAGCAGCAGCAACAACAGUUGGAGCAGCGGAGGCGGCGUCACGUACACAGGCCUCUGCCAAUAGUUCGACGCCCGUUAAAACUACACAAACUUCGCGAAAUUACCUAAGCCAAUUUCCCUUCGAUGGCCGGCAGGUACGCGUGUUGCUCUAUAAGGAGGACGACAGUCGCGGGCGACGUCUGCUCUUCGAUUCGAAUGCCCUACAAAAGGUGACACUAAAGGAAGCCACCUCAUCGUCCACCGGCAAAUUCCUUAAAAAUGCCCGAUCCGGUGAGGACAAAUAUUCGGCGCUGCAGAAUGGCAAGAUGCAGUCGAAAGCACAUUCCAACACAAACAACUUUAUCGAUGUGUGUCCAGAGUAUGGCUACAGGCACAAUCGACCAUCUAGUACGGAUAUAACACCUAUGGGCGAAAUGGUCUUUGGGUCGCUGGCGAUGUCCUUUUGCGGCACCGCCUUAAAGGUGCAUUGGCUGCCGGAGCCGGCUCGCAUUCUCUGUUCCCAAGUAUUUCUUACGCCUAUGAGUUCGUCAGCAGGCUGUGCGAGCAGCGGUCACUCGCCGUAUUCCACGAUUUCCAUGAACAGUCUGGCAACGCCGCGCACCUCGAUUUGCAGCGAGCAAGGAUCCAUAGAUGGCCUCUCCAUGAAUUCAUUCUCUAUGCCGUUUAGCGUGUCCGUAUGCCGACAAAUGAGUCUGACGUCACCGCUAGAUGUCCCUGGACCUGAUCAGCAGUCGCUCUCGAUUAACUCGGCAGAUAGUGGACCCCGCUUCUCGUCCACCUACAGCAAUGCUACGGACUCGGGCUAUUCAGGUCUCAGUAGUAGUCGCAGUGGAAGUGGUGGAGGUACCAGUGGUCCCUAUUCCAGCGACCAGUGGUCCUAUCAGUAUUCCACGCGCAGCAGCCUUGGCUCCGUGCUCUCCGAUCAGUCGGAUCCUGUUCGUAAACUAAGUAUGGACUCAGCACUCUUCCCUAGCUCACCUCAUCUGGAGGAGUUUGCCAACGAUGGCUGCCUAGUCCGUCGAAUCUCACGCAAUCUGCGCACCUCAUUCGAGUACGAGAACUCCCAGAACGAUUUUAUUGGCUUCCUCAGCGAUAACUACGACCUAAAUCCAACCACGGGUGGAAGCGAGGGCGGCGGCAUGGGAGCUCCUCAAUAUAGGCGUGCCAGCUACUGCACUACCGAGACGCGCAGUAAUCCAGAGAUGGGAAAGCGACAGGCCAGCAUCAAGAAGCGUGCCAAGUUGGGCUUAGCUGUCUGUAUUAUCAUGAGCGAGUCGUUUGAGGAGGAGAUGGAACUAUUUUGCAGCGAGCACAUUGCGCUGCUGGAGUCCAUGCUGAGCCGACUACGAGCCAGCACCGAGCUUGCCUAUCUCAAUCACAAGAACUUUUUGCAGGUUAUGUUCCAAGCCUGGCAGGAUGCGCAGAAAUGGUUUAACGAUCUAUUUACGGCGCCUCGGAUCAAGACGCCCGUCUGGCUGAGCAUUACGACCAGUGGCAGCAAAUACUCUAAAAUGGUUGCCGAACGUUUCAUUAAGGAGCUCUGCGAUCUGCUCUCCUUUGCCGACACCAAGGACUCCAACUUCUUCAUCAGCACGAUGCUCACAGGGAUACUGACUUAUCAUCUGGGUUGGGUGGCCACGGUGUCGGCAUUCAAUACCUCAACAUCGCGACGCUCGGAAGCCUCCACGGCGGCUAUUGAGCAGCGUGCCAAGCUGCUGCAAGUCUCACAAAAGCAUCCUUACAACGCGCUUUGGGCUCAACUGGGCGAUCUCUACGGCGCCAUUGGGAUUCAUCCAAAGCUGGCGCGAACUGUCAUCUAUGGAACAGAGAAGUUGUGGGUGGAGAAGCUGCUCAAUGUGCUCACCUAUUUCAUACGAUGUGGCGAGGUGCGACGCGCUGCCAAGCGUGAGGACUUCAACAAGGAAUUGAUUAAUCAGCUCGUUAGCCAGAACAACAACGAGAAGUUGAAGAAAAGUUCGAUGAGUCCGCAUCCCAGUCGGGCGCCGGGCGUAUUGCGCAGGCAACCCGCUUCUGGGGGCAUUGGAAGUGGCAUUGUUGGAAGUAUUGGUGGUGGAGGUGGAGGCUUGACGCGCACCUCUACUUGUAAGCAGAAUCUGAACGCUAUUGUGGACGAUGACGAGCUGGGCAGCGAGGAGGACGAGCCGGAUAAUAGUGAGCUGAUUGGUACGCUUAAAAAGAACGAGAUUCCCACGGUGCUGGCUUUUCGCGACUCUCACUUUGUGCAGCAAGAACUGCGCAUCGGUAACUACCACAUGGACACGGGCAUCGAUAAGACGACACUGUUGGCUAAGCAGGCACAGCGAUACUUUCGCACCGACAAGGAUGGGCGCAUUAAACUGACGGUGACUACGCCGGACAAUGUGGAGAUGACCAUGGAGGAGGACUCGAAUGCAAGCGUCGGUACAGGAAGUAUAGACGAUGGUGCCAUCGAGGCGCUCGACUACGAUUCCGCAGAUGGGAGCUCCAAAGUAGUCACCAACACAGACACGUCCAACAACAAUUCGGAAAAGCAGUUGCAGGGCAAGAAGAACUUCCUUUGGAACAUUGUGCCCACGUCGGAGGUGAAGGAGGGUCUCAGUCUGAGUGAUAUCGAGAAGCUGCAGCAAGGCGUCAAUAUCAUAAACCGUAAGCUGGAGCGCCGUAACUCCAAUCCCAAUGUGACUCAACAAGGUGAAAUGGAGACGUAUACGCAGGAGCGUCGUGCCUCGCAUCUGUCGCUCUCGGAUCUCAUAACACAGAACAGUAUUGGCAAAAGCGAUCGCAUGACGUGGGGCAUUGAGCCGAUAAAAGAGAAUGUCAGUCUGGAGGAGCAGAUCCAUUUCGAUCUCUGUCAGAAGCAGAUCGAACGCGAGCAUGGAAUCUGUCGCACGACAACGGACAACGGAAAUGGCGUCGUUUUUGUAUUGGGCGACAAUGAGCCGCUUAUAAAUAUCAAGAAGAGUACCGAAGAUCUGGCUGAUGGCGCCGAUGAUGCCAAGCCAGCCAUGCUGUGUGCGCUUCAUCAGCGCAGCCACGAUGCCACCAUUGCCAAGAAACAUUCGGGCAUGAAGUUCAACUUCGAGCAAUACCCACAGAUUGCCACCAACUAUAUGAAGAGCAAGAAUCUGGUCAUCUCCAACUACGACCUGCUGAUGGACAAGGCCACCAAGUUGGAUGCAACUGAGGCGCUCAAGACAAGCGACAGCAAUGUCACGUUACAUCAGCCGGCCGACUUAACAGCCAGCAGCUCAAGCGCCGCCGCCAUCUCGGGCUCCACAACAUCCGUGAGCAGUGACCGCUGUGUGAUGUGCAACAGUGGGUUGAGUGUGGCCACCUAUCAAACGCCCUCCAAUGCCACCGAACUGGAGUUUGAGACGGACGAGGUGCAUUGUUUCGGGCAGAGUAGCAAUAGUCUGGGACGUAAGUUGCAGCCCGCCAGUUCUGCCACCUCCAUAGACACGCUUAAGUCAGCGCCCAAUGAUGGGGAACAGGUGACGGCGCCGGGGACGGCAGCUUCUCCGUCUCAGCCACCGAGCAAUGAAGUUGGCUGCAAUGACAUUUCCACCGUCAGCUACACGCGCAAGCUUCCCAAGCGUGUGCCCUCCCAGCGUAGCUCGAUCUCCUCAGUGGCCGCCAAAUGCGCGGCCGUUAAUGAAUCACAACAGCUGCUGAAGCUCCCCGUGCCGGGCAUCAAGGAAUUACCUCAGGAGGAUGAGCCACCGGGUGAUAAGUUGCGCGCCGGCUUCAUUCCCUCUCUGCUGCUCAGUGUCAACGAUCACUACGUCUCUGAUAUGGUGCUGCAGGGAACCUGUGCGCCACCAGCCAAAUGGAAAAUGCAUCUGCGCGAAGAUCUGGCGCUGGCUGCGCGGUCUGCCUCGUUGAUUUCGCAGCCAGCGGAGAAUAUCGCCAUUGUGGCCGAUAUGGAUAAAUGGGAUGUGAGUCUUAUAUCCUCGCAAGCUCAGCAGUUUGCUGGAGAUCAGAGCUCACCUGUGGGCAUGUCACAGCUAGUCUCCAGCAUGCUCGAAACAGUGCAGGCCAUGCACGUCGGCGGAAUUCCAGCUUAUGAGUGUCUCUCGUUUUUGGAGUCAAAGCUACAAGAGAUUUAUUUGCAAUCGGAAACACUGGCCGCUCUCCUGCUCGAAACGGAUCUAUGUCGCCUGAGCGACAUUACCACUCCUCUGCAGCUGUCUGAGAACGAUGUGCCGCUGCUCCUAUCCAUUGCCUAUAUACACACUCCCAAAAUAGGCCGCAAGUACGGCAUUAGCUUCAGAUGACGGGCAUUCAGUUGCUAGAUCUGGAGCUGUGCGUCGUGCCCAAUCAUUGCCAACAGCUACAAUAAUUCACCUCAUGGUAUCAUCUCAUCAUCAAUAAGAUUUAUCCAAAGCAAAAGCAAAUACUCCAGCGAAUUUUCAUUUCACUGAUUUUGUGAUAUAUUUUAAUGAAUAUAGGGGAUAUGAAAAAUAAGUUAGAGUUAGCAUAGGGCAGACAGCUUCAUCUAGUGCAACAACACACACACGCAGACAUCCACUCAUCUCUCAUUUAGUCUUAAGUGGCACUUCAUAUAUAACACACAUGUAUACGCACGUUCAUAGUCCUUAUCGUCUGAAUUAAAUUUGACAUUCAUUUAGAUUUAUGCGAGUACAUAGGCACUUAUUUACACAACCCACUCAUCGAAGUCACAUGAAGAAGUAUUGUAAAUUAUUUGCUUUAGAUUUAGCAUGAAUGAUUUGUCGGCUUAACAGCACUCCAAGCGUCUCGCUUGUAUAUCAUCGUCAUAUAGUAUACGAGUACAUACACACAUACAUUCAAUAUUAAUAUAUACUAUAGUGUUCGACUUAGAAUUAGUAAUUUAUGACAGCGAAACUCUACUAUUAGAAUUAUAGUAUACUCUAAAAGAAAUGCACAUGCAUAUUAGAGAGUGCAGCUAGAAAUAGGUAUAACUUAUGACACAUUAUAAAGA